UCUUGUUUUCAUCGUGGAAGCGGGAGGCAGCAACGUAGCUAAUAAUCUAGAUAGCCUGAAGUUUUUAUAUUAUUCUAUUAUUUCGUAGAUUUUUAUUUGUAAACUAUUUCAAAUGGAUAUCGAGGGUGGUACAUAUGAACCAGGAUUCGUUGGGAUCCGAUUUUGUCAAGAAUGCAACAACAUGUUGUAUCCCAAAGAAGACAAGGAGAAUCGCAUCCUGCUCUAUGCAUGCAGGAACUGUGACUAUCAACAAGAAGCAGACAACAGCUGCAUCUAUGUCAACAAGAUCACCCACGAAGUUGAUGAGCUGACACAGAUCAUUGCAGAUGUGUCCCAGGAUCCAACGCUACCCCGGACAGAGGAUCACCCCUGCCCAAAGUGCGGCCACAAGGAAGCAGUGUUUUUCCAGUCCCACAGUAUGAAGGCUGAGGAUGCCAUGAGGCUGUACUAUGUCUGCACGGCCCCUCACUGUGGACACCGCUGGACGGAGUGAGGAGGAGGAGAAGGAAGAGGAGGUCUGAUGUAUGCAUCCACAGUCUCUGCUGUCACCCAACAGGCCACAAUGUCUCUCUGGGGUUCACUGUGGCUUAAAUCAGAAUGACUGAUGGCUGAUUCAGAGGGGUUGGGUUAAAUGCGGAAGACACAUUUCAGUUGAAUGCAUUCAGUUGUACAAUUGAAUACGUAUCCCCCUUUUCCUUAUGUGGGUCUAAAAUACCCUGCCAAAUCGAAAACUUUAUUUAACAGGAAUACUAACUUUUUGUGUUCGUUCUUCAA